AUGUUUUCUACCAACUUUACUGGAAUUCUUGCUUAUCCUUUCAAAAAUUGGAAAAAAAGUGUGCAAGAAAGUAAUAUUUCCCAAAUAACCUUUAAAGAUAUUGGGGGACUCCACGAAGCCAAGGAAGAGUUAGCUGAAAUUGGAGCCACUAUUCCUAAAGGAUUUUUGUUAGUUGGACCACCCGGAAAUGGAAAAACCCUGUUAGCUAAAGCAGUCGCGGGAGAAUGCAAAUUGCCUUUCAUCUUUCGUUCCGGCUCAGAUUUUGAAGAGAUGGUAGUUGGACUGGGCUCUCGUCGGGUACGAGAACUUUUUCAACAAGCCCGCAGUUAUCAGCAAGGUUGUAUUAUUUUUAUUGACGAGAUAGAUUCAAUCGGCCGCAAACGUUACUCUGGAAAUAAUCAUACUGAACUUACCCUCAACCAAUUAUUAAACGAACUAGACGGCUUUCGUCCGCGAGAAAAUAUUAUUAUCCUAGCUGCUACUAAUACCUUGAACGUUUUGGAUAGUGCCCUAUUGCGACCUGGGCGGUUUGAUCGCCAAAUCUAUGUCUCCUUACCGAACCAAAAAGGACGCCGAGAAAUCAUCAUUUUACAAACCAGAAAACUAAUACUAAGCAAAGACUUUGAUUUAGAAGAAAUCAUUGUAUUAACUAAAGGACUAAGUGGAGCACAAAUAGUAAACAUGCUUAACGAAGCUUCAAUUUUAAGUAUCCGUCAAGGAAAAAGAGAAAUUAAUCAAGAGAUGAUUUUUGAAGCCUAUGACCGAAUAUUAAUGGGUCCUUCACUAAGUAGCCAAGUCCUCACUCCAAGUAAAAAAAAACUAAUUGCUUACCACGAAGCUGGGCACGCUAUUAUUGGGGCUAGUUUACCGGAAACAAAAGUGCGAAAGAUUACUAUUAUCCCCCGUUUAAUGGCCGCUCAUGUUAUGGCAUUUUUAGGAGGACGAGCCAGUGAAGAAUUAAUCUUUGGUGCUGAAAAAAUCACAGCUGGUGCUUAUGAUGAUUUCAAGAAAGCCUCCGAGAUAAUUCGUGACCUAAUCUUCCGUUAUGGGAUGUCUGAUUUAGGAAUUAUUCCCACUCAAGGGUCCUUUUUUAACAACGAAGAAAUCGCUACUGAAUUACCUGAAACUACUAAGCAAAAAAUCGAAGCAGAAAGAGAAAAAAUCCUUAAUCAAUGUUGGAAAAAAGUUAAAACUAUCCUUCGGCAAAAGAAAAAACUCUUAUCAUUACUCGCUGAAGAACUUCUAAAAAAAAAUUCGCUACGGAAAGAAGAAAUUAACUUCAUUUUUGUCAACCAAAUUUCCCCUUCUACUCCUUUACUAAACUAA